AUGGAUGCCCUUAUUGACGGCGUGGAUGAAGUGCCCAAAUUUUCGUAUCGAUUCUGGCUGGUUUCGAAUCGGGAGGGCCAUUUGGGUACGCUUUGUUCCGGGAAUGUGGACGGUAUCCCAUGCCUGGAAGAUGGAACGACACUACUCGAAGUCGGUUUCGUGGUAGGGCUGGAGCAGCAUGUUCGUGUGCUAGACGCGGUGGAGUCGGGUGACAGCGUGAUGGUGGACUGA